AUGGAAGUCUUCUCGAAAUACUUCACCAAGCUGGUGAACCAGAAUGCCGGCGCCAUCUGGCCCGGCAUCAACCGGCCGGCCUCGAGCCCCGGCAACUACUCUCUGCUGGCCGCCGAGAUGGCCAAGAUCUCACAUGACCUGGACCAGGCCCCAAAGAUAGCCGAGUCGAUCGAGAACGGCACCGAGGACCUGUUCCGCGUCAACUUUGAUCUGUCCACCUUCAUGGAACACUUCAAGCUGGAUGCCUUGGAGAAAACGAUACUGGCCCUGGCCUUCAAGUUCGGUCCCAGCCAGGAUCUUAAGCUGAAAGCCGAUGCCAUUCUUGCCACAAAUUUCCCUACCUUUGUGAAUAUCAUUGCUCGGCCUGACUACGGCGCGCAUAGCGAUUUGACCGCCGAAUCUAUCUCUACCAUCCUCGAUCGCUUCAUCCAAGGCCACCCGCCAACCUUUACUCCCACCGCCAAGUCGGAGCUCAUCCACAAGGUCAAGUCACGCUGGGCGCAGCCUGACCAGACGCCGCCUUUGGAAGUGCUGGCUUCACUGGACCUGCUCCGUGUUUUGGGUGAUAAGUCCCCCUGCGCGCUUGCCUCGUACAUACAGCGGGUUGGCACCGACUUCACGCGCGACGAGGAAACGUGCUAUGGGUACCUUCAGAAGCGUACAGACAACAUUGGGUUGAGCACGGAACAGGUCUCCUCCGCACUGACAUAUACCGCCGUCAGCCAGACACCAAGAUUCAACGCCUCUGUCCUGGUUGCUGCCCUGCGGCGAGUUCUCCCGCCUUCGUUUGUUUGGCAGGACGUCGUGGCGUACUUCGACCAGCGCGACGUUAGGGUGUCGCCGGAACAGUUUUUACGCCUUUACCACGCCUUGUUACCCCUCGCCCAGCCUACUGACUCAACCGAACAACUCGACAUACAAGUGCUCUGGGGAGGCCUGCACUGGGAAUAUCCCGAGACCCAGCUGGCUUUCAUCUGCGCAUUCGCGUCCCUGACACCGGAGCAAUUGGAUGCCACGACCAUCCCCGGCCUACAGCCAACCUUCACUCUCGCUGAGUAUGAUCAAUCACCUCCAGCAGCGCGUGAGAGAGCUGCCGUGGCCGUGAAGCAUCCACUUGUAUCAGUCGCCGCACUCUCGGCUAUCUUCCAGGUUGCUCUUGACUCUAUCCACGCAUCGCAGGGUCCCGAGGCGAAACGGCUAUUCCAACAAGUUGUCAUUCCCAAUCUCGACAUCUUCCUUGUUUCAGCCUUCGGCGUACCCAAGCCUUGGACGUUGAUGGCUACCGAGACUUUGACAUCUCUCUUCGCAGAGUUUCUGUACAAGGGUCCUGAGGCUAGUGUCUUCGUCAUGGACAGUCUCUGGAGGAAAGACAAGGACUGGGUUCGUCAGCGUCUCAUUGAUGCCCACGCGGUCAAGCCCCUAGAUUUGGCCACCAUCUUUGAGCAUGCUGUGAGGCACAACUGGCUUGAGGAUUUGGUAUACCUGCCUAACGGCUUUGGUUACGACAUUGCUGCUCUGGCCCACGCUCGCGGUUACCUCAAUCUGCAGGAAUGGGCCGGCACGAUGAUGCAGGAGUCCACUGACGUCUCCCGGUCGCUUCUACAAUUCUUAAUGAUCAAGGCGGGCAUGGAAUUCCGAUUUCAGCGCACUCCGGAAGGCCAGGUUCCGCAGAAGGAGAGCACAACACUCCACGUCAAAACCGUGUCGGCCAUGCUUCAGAUACUCGAGGACUUCAUGCCCAAGUCGCCAAUCCACGAGAUGAUCAUGAUACAACGCCAGUGCAUCAUCGCAUACCCGCGGCUUAUAAACUACGGCGAGGGAUACGACGACAUCAUCGACGCCAACGGCGCGGCCGGCAACGCGUUGCCUUCACAGGCCAACGCUAGGAUGGAGGAACACUACAAGCACAUGUACUCUAAUGAGAUACAGGUCAAGGAUAUUGUCGAUACCCUCCACCGGUACAAGCACUCACGCGAGCCGCUCGAGCAGGACGUGUUUGCGUGCAUAGUUCAUGGGCUUUUUGACGAGUAUUCUCAUUAUACCGGUUAUCCUCUCGAAGCCCUGGCUACCACUGCAGUGCUCUUUGGUGGUGUGAUUUCGCACAAGCUCAUCCCUGAUUUACCGCUGAAAGUUGGCCUGGGCAUGAUUCUCGAGGCUGUAAGGGACCACCCGCCUGAACAUUCCAUGUACAAAUUUGGUCUCCAGGCCUUGAUGCAGCUGCUCGGCCGUUUCCGAGAAUGGCCUGGGUUCUGCAAGCAACUCGUACAGAUUCCUGGGCUGCAGGGAACGGAAGCCUGGAAGAAAGCCAUCGAGGUCGUGAAGGACCAUGAAGAGGACAUGGCCCAUGGCAAGAACGGCGCAGCGGCUGAGCCUGACAUCAUGGUUAAUGGCAACGGUGGCGGCAGCGAUGGGCGAGGUGGUGAGAAUCCUACUCCGCCAUUCGCAUCCAUCAGCGCCGACCCAGCGCCUGCGAAUCUGCACUACGACGACCCCGACGAAACUGUUCAGGAUUCGAUACAGUUUGGUCUCAACAACCUGACCGCCGCCAAGCUGCAGGCUGUUUUCCAAGAAAUCCGAGGCAGCUUCGAACACCGGUAUCAGCAAUGGUUCGCAAGUCAUCUUGUCGAAGAGCGAGCAAAGAUGCAGCCCAAUUAUCAUCAGGUCUACCUGGACUUUGUGCGACUCUUCCAAGACAAGUCUCUGAACACUGAGAUCUUGAGACAGACCUACAUCAGCGUUACACGCAUGAUCAACUCUGAAAGCACCCUGCAGAACUCUACAGAGCGAACUCACCUGAAGAAUCUGGGCGCCUGGCUUGGUCUGCUCACCAUUGCCAGAGACCAGCCGAUCAAGCACCGCAACAUUGCAUUCAAGCAGCUUCUCGUAGAAGCGUAUGACACGAAGAGGCUCAUUGUUGUCAUUCCCUUUGUCUGCAAAGUCCUCAUUCAAGGUGCUAGGUCCACGGUCUACCGGCCACCGAACCCGUGGUUAAUGGACAUUCUGCACUUACUUAUCGAGCUCUACCACAAUGGCGAUCUUAAGCUCAACCUGAAGUUCGAGAUCGAGGUUCUUUGCAAGGACCUCAACCUCGACCACAACACCAUUGAGCCGUCCCAAGAGCUUUCUCAACACCGAGCCCAAGUCGACGAAAUCGGCGACCUCACAACCGUCGAUGCGCUGGAUCAGUUCGACAAUCUCUCCCUGAAUGGAAUGGCCGGCGCUGUCUCUACUGGCCUUUCCCCGCAUGCCGUUGUACAGGUGACCAUUCCAGAUCUCGGACCCCAGCUACAAAUCCCACCCGUCAAUGAAAUGAUUGUCAGCACUGCUCGGUUACACGAAAUGGUUCGCACGGCACUUACCAGGGCGCUCCAAGAGAUCAUCACACCUGUUGUUGACAGAUCAGUAACUAUUGCUGCCAUCUCCACACAGCAGAUGAUCCACAAAGACUUCGUCACCGAGUUGGACGAGGCCCGGAUUCGAAACUCGGCCAUCACCAUGGUCAAAGCUACUGCUGGCAGUUUGGCACUUGUUACUAGUAAGGAGCCACUACGAGCCAACAUCACCAACUACAUGCGCCAGCUUUCUAGCGAGCUGCAGCAACCUCUUCCCGAAGGCACUCUAAUCAUGUGUGUCAACUCGAACCUCGAGCUGGCCUGCAGUGUCAUUGAGAAGCAUGCGGAAGAGAGAGCCCUUCCGGAGAUUGAGGAGAUGAUGGAACAAGAGUUGGAAGCUCGCCGUCGUCACAGGAUGCAGAGGCCUAACGAGCCAUACUGCGAUCCCGGCCUUAGCCGCUGGUCUUUGACCAUUCCAAACCCUUACAAGCUUGCCCCCAGUCUGACUGGCCUCACCGCAGAGCAGCUUGCAAUCUACGAGGAAUUUGGACGACAGUCACGCGCUCCUGCUCCCGCCAACCAGGCUCACGCUGCUUCGGCUUCCGAUGCUACUCGCAGUAUCGCGAACGAGGUUCUUCAGGAUCAGUACAGCUCGGUCCCAAAUCUACCAACCCCAGCCGAGACUCCUUCCUUGCCGCACCUACCGACGCAGCUCCCAUACCCUGUUCACCAAGCAGCUGUGACGAAUGGACGGCCCUCGGUGUCCACCCAGGUGGACGCACGGGCCCUCAUUGAGCGGUUUGCCAAACUGCUUGGUGAGCUGCAGCGUGCCGCCAUGGAGUCGCGUGAAGAACACUUCACUGAUCUCCCAAGGCCUCAUGCCGUGUUGGAUGCUGUUGAUGCCCUCACACAACUGAUCAUCAGGACCUCCCAAAGUUCUGAUGAGUUUGCGGUGUAUGCGGCGGAGAAGAUCUGUGGAAACCUAUUCUCGCAGGUCGACCACACACUCUUCCUCGAGAGUUUAGUCCAUGUGCUCGAGUCCUUGUUGAAGAUUUCUGCCACCUCUGGCUCCGGCCUUCUUGACAGAGUUCAGACACUCUUCCGUCAGCAACUGCCCCAAAGCUUCCUCAACAUCUCUCUCAUCACCGCCCUUCUCGGUACGACUCUGGCAGAUCUCUUGAGCCUUCAGACUCUCGAUGAAGCCGUGUCGCAGGCGCUGGCUAAGAGGGACGAGGGAUCCCUGGAGUUUUUCGAAAGGUUGUGGGAUCUGACACUUGCCACCGACAGGCCAGUUGCGCUUUACGGUGACUUCCCUGCAAGUCUGUCCCAAGUUUGGCCCUGGAUCAACCAGGAGCCUGACCUUGAGGUCUCUCAGCGCUUGAAGUCCAAGAUCCUAGGUUCCGGGCUCCUUCCUCCCGGACAAGCUGGAGAUUCUCACCAGAACGAGCAGUACGAAUACAUUUUUGAGGAGUGGGUCCGCCUAUGCUAUAACCUCAAUGCCCCAGAGAAAGCAGUCAUCUCAUUCGCCAGACAACUUCUGGCAAAGGGCGUCAUUGCCAACAAAGACGGGCUUGUAUCCUUCAUUCGGUAUUCGUUGGACAUUGCCAUCGCCAUGAGUGAGCCGGCUUUGCUUGCUGGAGCUAGCGGCCACGAUGCCUUCCUCGGUAUCGACGCACUGGCUAGACUUGUCGGCAUUUUAGCCCAUGAGAACAUCCUACAACUCAGCGACAUGAUGGUCGGAGCCAUGGCAGUUUUAGAUGCCGCCCUCAACAUAGGCACACUGGUCCUCAACCAUCACCAUGUGCAGCGAGGCGAGAACUUCAACUCACGCGCCUUCUUCCGCUUCUAUAACAUGCUCAUGUCCGAGGCGGAUGCUGCAUUGAACUCCGCUUCAGCCGCCGACCAAGACAUCUCCGAGCCACAUCGCCGCGAGUUCCUGCUCAGAGCAGCCGACACAUUCCUACAGAUUGCACCGAACCGCUUCCCUGGGUUCUCCUUCUCCUGGCUGGAACUGAUUCAGCACCGACUUUUCAUGCCGUACCUGAUGAACCUGGACGGCAAGCAGGGCUGGGAACCCUUUUCCAAGAUUGUGGUGGCGCUCCUGCGUGACGUCAGCGCAUACCUGAACUUCGUCGAGAUUCACGAUGUUGCCAAGGACUUCAUUCGGGCUGCUACCAAGCUCGUUCUGAUUUUGCAGCAUGACUAUCCCGACUUCCUCGCAGCCCAUCACGUCCGAUUCUGCGCCAAUCUCACACCUCACGCUAUGCAACUCCGUAACAUCAUCCUCUUCGCCAAUGCGCGCCAGGAUGCUGGCGAGACAUCGGGUUUAUCGGCAGACUAUGAGUCCGCCGGAACCUACAUACAAGAGAAUGGCCUGCUUGGACUCGUGGACCAGCUGCUGGAAAAUGGUCCGUCGGAGGAUGCUAUCGCUCACCUGACCCAUGCCAUCCACAGGAACGAUGGGCGAUCAUCCGUCUUCGGCAACGUCGCUGUCAGCACAAACACUGCGCUUGUGAACGCUGUGGUACUCUACAUCGGCACUUGCGCUGUGAAGCGAGCGGAGGGCAAGGCUGACAUUUUCGUCCCUGGCUCUCCCGAUGUUGCGACACUGUCCCUUCUCGCCCACGAGCUGAGCCCCGAGUCGCGUUAUUUCCUCCUGUCAAGCAUGAUGGACGAAUUACGGGCACCUAGUGCCGUCACUAGCUAUUACAGCCAAGUCCUGCUUGAGCUGUGGGGACACGAUGUUAAUGACCCCGAGGAACUUGAUAUCCGUCAGCAGAUUGCUCGCAUCCUUCUCGAGCGCUUCUCGGGCUUCUGGCCACAGCCGUGGGGUCUAGUCUAUGUUACUCUCGAACUUGUAAAGAACGAGAAGUACAUGUUCUUUGAUCAACCAUUCAUCAAGGCCGAUCGAGAGGUUCGCGACCGAUUUCAGGCCAUCUUCCGUAGCAUCGCUGACAUUGCCUAG